AGCACUGUCCUUGAGACGCGGAAAUGCAAUGGCGGACAGGAUGAAGUUGAAUGAGAAAAACGGUGUAGUCGAUAAACAAAGGGAAAAUGUUGCCAAAACCUCGUCUUGCAAGGAAAUAUCAAGCUACAGAGACAAUAUCUUCAUUCUUUUGAAUCUGCUCACAGACUUCGGGAGUGAGGUUGGUAUAAUAAUGCUUUUACACAAUCUAAUUCAGCUACAAUAGCUUCGAUCACUGCGAGAGAUGCCAACGAGAUGUGCAGCAUGUCUGUUCUUAUCAAAUAGGAAUCUGGCAAAUAUCCUUUGUAGCAUGCAGUUGCACGUUAAAUGAUACAAUGUUGCAAGAAUAGUUUCAGUGUUGCAGCUCCCUCGCUCCUCGGCAGCACAGUAGGCUACUACUAAUAGCAUGCUGUUGCAGUGAUUACAAAUAGGCUCCUCCUUUAUCUAGCAGGCUGAAUGCGACAAAGUAGCAUCUAAAAAAAUACUUACUGACAACUGCCGCGUGCAGCAAAGCAACAAAUAAUAGCCCUCUUUUGAAUUAACUACCUUUGCUUGUUUUUCUCUCACGUUCUUAUAGCCCUGAAAAUAAUAUACAGUUUAUAGACUUAGUACAGCUAACAUGUAGGCUUAACUACUCUUAGUCCAGGUUCGGACCAAGUCUGUUAUUUCUUUUCUAACUGUUUUUCAUUUCAAGCUGAAAUUGGGUGAAGCCGCUCUGAAAAUCAGCACCAGCUUAGAAGCAGUGGAUGUGACAUCUCUUCAGCCUACUCAUCAUGUGUUCACCUGUCUUCAGAAACAUAUCUCCAAACUACAGGUAUACUACACUACAGUCUAACAACAAUGUGCUGUGUCAUAUCUGAAGUGUCGGAAAUUAAGGAUGCAAAUGGGAAUACAACACUUCAGUAUUUAUUACAUUUUUCAUUCAUGCAGAAAUGGUUGCAUUUCAAUGUAUUAUUUUAGUUUUGUUUAUUAUUUGUGUCGUAUUAGUUCAUGGAUGUAGAAAGUGUAUGUUGAUAGACUUCACUGUCUCUUCCCCAUAACCUGCUUCAUAUCCUUUUCCUCCUCAACAGUCAGUAUCAGACAACCUGAGGGUACUGCUGGAGGCAGAAGGCCAGUCCUCAUCUUCAAAGAGCAACAAGGAUGAAACCAUUACCACAGUCUCUUCUGAUGAGGAGAUGACCAUAGACUCAGAUCCUAUGCUACCUGCAGCUCAGCCAACCAGGCCAGAGGUAGAGGAGGAGGGCAAGUUGCAGGUUGAUGACCUCAGCGUUCAGAUCAGAGCCACCAAAUCAGAGGUGAGUGACUGUAGCUUCUGUUUGGUCAUUGGUCCGCUCCGCUCAGCUGUACUGAUGCUGCAGUUUAUACAGUAGUAUUUUCAAUACUAUUUCCUAUUCUCUGCUAAAGCUAAUGAAAAAUCAUAAGUAAUUGCCUCCGAGUGUGCUGCACUCUUUGCAAUAACAUAGUAGUGAAUCAAAUGCUUGAUCAGGACCUGAUAAUAAGCCAGUUUAGCACAGAAUAAGGGCUCCUUCAGAGGGCUGCAGUCAGGGAACGUCAGGGUGUGUGUGUGGUCGCUGACUGUGGUGCGGUGGCAGUAGCAGGAGGGCUUUGCGAGAGGGCCAGGCCCUUGAUAGAUUAUGAAGUGGAUGCUCAUUACUCUAGAGAGAUUGCAUGUGGAUGAAGGACAAGAGGAUGCCGGGGCCUGUUGUAUUUCAUUGUGUAUUUAUUUUGGUAGCCAAAUAAACAGUAUUUUAUAGUACUUUGUCAUUUUUGGAAAUGGCAAAGCAAUUGAGAUGGGGUAUUCUGAAUCUGAAUACAUUUCACGUGCUGUUUGGAUGUGAAUGUUAGUCUCUUUCCGCUUUGCUUGCCCCUGCCUUAUUACCAUCAUAUAAACAAAAAUUGUCUGUAGUUUGAUUUCAAUAGCUCUUUAAUCCAGCCUGUGUCACAUCUCUCUCUCCAACUGUCUCCUCUACUACUAUAGAUUGAUAGGAGGAUAUCUGCAUUUAUAGAGCGCAAGCAGCUGGAGAUCAAUGAAAACAACGUGAGGGAGUUCUGCAACGUGAUCGACUGCAAUCAGGGUAAGAAUUGGAGUGAGGUGUGGGGAGAGGUGUGUGUGUGUGUGUGUGUGUGUGUGAGAGAGAGAGUUGGGGGCUGGGUGGAGGGAGGGGGGGAUGACCGUACACAGAUUGCCAAUGUUUGGGAGAGUGCUGAUUUCCACAGCCAGAGAGGCGAGAGGUCAGACUGAACUGUUAUAAUAGUGGGCCUGAAGUAGCUAACACCCUCCUCAGCUGGCCUCAAAAUAAAACCAGCUUUGUCCAGAUUCUUUGAACAUAGGGGACAAGUUGUUGUUUUUCUUCAGAAAUAGAUGGUGAAAUGACAUUAAUACAAAUAACAAGUAACAGUAAUGACUGUAACAGAAAUAUCGAUAACAGAAAUGAGGGUAACAGAAGUGAACAUGUCACAUGGCCAGUCCAUUUCAUUUUAAACUGAUGCAUCUUCAGUUAAUUAUCCACGAAAUGGAUAUUGCAAAUGUAAAAUAUAUAUUUUGCACUGAUUAAUAUAAACUGUUCUUUUUUGCUAUUAUGUAGAAGACAGCUGUGCCAGAACAGAUGCAGUAUUCACACCCUACCCAGGCUUCAAAAGUCAUGUUAAAGGUAAGAACAUUCUGCUUAAGUUUAAACAUAGUUUUUUAUGUUAAUGGGUGGGUUUUUCAAAGCAAUGAGUCCAUUUUGGGUAGUAUAACUUGGUAAAAAUAAAUAGUUACCUAAUUUUAACAUUCUGGCACUUAUUAAUUAAAAAAAACAUGUAUUACCAUUAAAUAAAUUACUUUAGUAAUUGCCUAUGAAGGGCCAAAUAAAGUAACAGCGUUGACGAUUUCAUCUUAAAUCAUCCAUAAAUCCCCUUGUGACAGGGGGAAUGGAAGCUUGUUGUGUGCAACAGGGAGGGGCAAUUGAAUGAAAGUUUCAUACAAAAAAUUACAUUGUAAAAACAAUUUAUAUCUAAGGGUAACAGGGUCGACAUGUUAUGCUUGACCCACUGUUUUCUACCACAAUACAUCAGAAAAUGGACAAAAUGAGUAGAACCAGCUCACCUAUGAUUUGACUAUUAGAUGUUCAGUGUUUCUUUUGAAAAAAUAUUUAAAGGUCAACUGCCCCUUAGAACCAACUUCUCUGGUUUUAAAUGGCCUAUGAGGCAUCGAUAUUUACAUUUUAGUAAUUUAGCAGACGCUCUUAUCCAGAGCGACUUACAGUUAGUGAGUGCAUACAUUAUUUUUUAUACUGGCCCCCCGUGGGAAUCGAAACCCACAACCCUGGCGUUGCAAACGCCAUGCUUUACCAACUGAGCUACAUCCCUGCCGGCCAUUCCCUCCCCUACCCUGGACGACGCUGGGCCAAUUGUGCGCCGCCACAUGGGUCUCCCGGUCGCGGCCGGCUACGACAGAGCCUGGAUUCGAACCAGGAUCUCUAGUGGCACAGCUAGCACUGCGAUGCAGUGCCUUAGACCACUGCGCCACUAAUUAUAGUGUCAAAAUUGACUACAAAGUGUAAAUAGGAUAAUUUUGGUCAUAAAGUCAGUCUCGUCCAAAACGGAGUUUGGUAAGUGACAGCGUCAUGACUUACUUGAUGGUUUGGAUAUCAGUUAGGUCAACAAUUCAUGCCCCAUUUUGCAUAUUAAUGUGUGAUGGCACAGUGUUUUCUGGGAAAAGACUGGACGAGUUUGCUUUGCAUGGCCCGGUGCCCCUCGGCGGACGGAGGAGACCUCUCCUUAGGACAAUGUUUCCCAACCCUGGUCCUCCAGUACCCCCAAAGUACAAAUGUUUAUUGUAACCCUGGACAAGCACACCUUAUUCAACUUGUCAACUAAUCAUCAAGCCCUCAAUGAGUUGAAUGAGGUGUGUUUGUCAAGGGCUACAACGAAACUGUGUACUGCUGGGGGUGCUCGAGGACCAGGGUUGGGAAACACUGCCUUAAGAGGAACAAUGGAAUGGUUGAAAAUGAGCAAACCCUGCCUACCUGAGGCACCGGGUCAUGCAAAACGAACUCACCCACUGGAACCUCUUCCCCAGACAAGACGUGGUUAGUACUUGCCCUACCCCAUUCAUAGACUCCAACUACCUUUAGCCCCGAUUGACGAUAGUAUCUUCUGGCCGGGGGGUUUUGUUAAGAGCCAUGACACUCAACCUGAACAUGGAACACUGGUCACUUUAACAAUGUUUACAUACUGUUUUGCCCACUUCAUAUGUACACUAUAUAUAACAAAGUACAGUGGGGAAAAAAAGUAUUUAGUCAUCCACCAAUUGUGCAAGUUCUCCCACUUAAAAAGAUGAGAGAGGCCUGUAAUUUUCAUCAUAGGUACACAUCAACUAUGACAGACAAAAUGAAAAAAAAAAUCCAGAAAAUCACAUUGUAGGAUUUUUAAUGAAUUUAUUUGCAAAUUAUGGUGGAAAAUAAGUAUUUGGUCAAUAACAAAAGUUUCUCAAUACUUUGUUAUAUACCCUUUGUUGGCAAUGACACAGGUCAAACGUUUUCUGUAAGUCUUCACAAGGUUUUCACACACUGUUGCUGGUAUUUUGGCCCAUUCCUCCAUGCAGAUCUCCUCUAGAGCAGUGAUGUUUUGGGGCUGUCGCUGGGCAACACGGACUUUCAACUCCCUCCAAAUAUUUUCUAUGGGGUUGAGAUCUGGAGACUGGCUAGGCCACUCCAGGACCUUGAAAUGCUUCUUACGAAGCCACUCCUUCGUUGCCCGGGCGGUGUGUUUGGGAUCAUUGUCAUGCUGAAAGACCCAUCCACGUUUCAUCUUCAGUGCCCUUGCUGAUGGAAGGAGGUUUUCACUCAAAAUCUCACGAUACAUGGCCCCAUUCAUUCUUUCCUUUACACGGAUCAGUCGUCCUGGUCCCUUUGCAGAAAAACAGCCCCAAAGCAUGAUGUUUCCACCCCCAUGCUUCACAGUAGGUAUGGUGUUCUUUGGAUGCAACUCAGCAUUCUUUGUCCUCCAAACACGACGAGUUGAGUUUUUACCAAAAAGUUAUAUUUUGGUUUCAUCUGACCAUAUGACAUUCUCCCAAUCCUCUUCUGGAUCAUCCAAAUGCACUCUAGCAAACUUCAGACGGGCUUGGACAUGUACUGGCUUAAGCAGGGGGACACGUCUGGCACUGCAGGAUUUGAGUCCCUGGCGGCGUAGUGUGUUACUGAUGGUAGGCUUUGUUACUUUGGUCCCAGCUCUCUGCAGGUCAUUCACUAGGUCCCCCUGUGUGGUUCUGGGAUUUUUGCUCACCGUUCUUGUGAUCAUUUUGACCCCACGGGGUGAGAUCUUGCGUGGAGCCCCAGAUCAAGGGAGAUUAUCAGUGGUCUUGUAUGUCUUCCAUUUCCUAAUAAUUGCUCCCACAGUUGAUUUCUUCAAACCAAGCUGCUUACCUAUUGCAGAUUCAGUCUUCCCAGCCUGGGGCAGGUCUACAAUUUUGUUUCUGGUGUCCUUUGACAGCUCUUUGGUCUUGGCCAUAGUGGAGUUUGGAGUGUGACUGUUUGAGGUUGUGGACAGGUGUCUUUUAUACUGAUAACAAGUUCAAAUAGGUGCCAUUAAUACAGGUAACGAGUGGAGGACAGAGGAGCCUCUUAAAGAAGAAGUUACAGGUCUGUGAGAGCCAGAAAUCUUGCUUGUUUGUAGGUGACCAAAUACUUAUUUUCCACCAUAAUUUGCAAAUAAAUUCAUUAAAAAUCCUACAAUGUGAUUUUCUGUAUUUUCUUUCCUCAUUUUGUCUGUCAUAGUUGACGUGUACCUAUGAUGAAAAUUACAGGCCUCUCUCAUCUUUUUAAGUGGGAGAACUUGCACAAUUGGUGGCUGACUAAAUACUUUUUUCCCCCACUGUAUGUGGACACCCCUUAAAAUUAGUGGAUUUGGCUAUUUCAGCCACACCUGUUGCUGACAGGUGUAUAACAUCAAGCACACAGCCAUGCAAUCUCCAUAGACAAACAUUGGCAGUAGAAUGGCCUUACUGAAGAGCUCAGUGACUUUCAACGUGGCACCGUCAUAGAAUGCCACCUUUCCAACAAGUCAGUUUGUCAAAUGUUUGCCCUGCUAGAGCUGGCCCGGUCAACUGUAAGUGCUGUUAUUGUGAAGUGGAAACGUCUAGGAGCAACAAUGGCUCAGCCACGAAGUGGUAGGCCACACAAGCUCACAGAACGGGACCGCCGAGUGCUGAAGCGCAAAGCACGUUAAAAUCGUCUGUCCAUGGUUGCAACACUCACUAUUGAGUUCCAAACUGCCUCUGGAAGCAACGUCAGCACAAGAACUGUUAGUUGGGAGUUUCAUGAAAUGGGUUUCCAUGGCUGAGCAGCCGCACACAAGCCUAAGAUCAUCAUGCGCAGUGCCAAGCGUCGGCUGGAGUGGUGUAAAGCUUGUCGCCAUUGGACUCUAGAGCAGUGGACGCGUUCUCUGGAGUGAUGAAUCACGCUUCACCAUUUGGCAGUCCGAUGGAUGAAUCUGGGUUUGGCGGAUGCCAGGAAAAUGCUACCAGCCCCAAUGCAUAGUGCCAACUGUAAAGUUUGGUGGAGGAGGAAUAAUGGUCUGUGGCUGUUUUUCAUGGUUCGGGCAAGGCCCUUUAGUUUCAGUGAAGGGAAAUCUUAACACUACAGCAUACAAUGACAUUCUAGACGAUUCUGUGCUUCCAACUUUGUGGCAACAGUUUGAGGAAGAUCCUUUCCUGUUUCAGCAUGACAAUGCCCCCGUGCACAAAGCAAGGUCCAUACAGCAAUGUUUUGUCGAGAUCGGUGUGGACGAACUUAACUGGCCUGCACAGAAUCCUGACCUCAUCCACAUCAAACACCUUUGGGAUGAAUUGGAACGCAGACUGCGAGCCAGGCCUAAUCGCCCAACAUCUGUGCCCGACCUCACUAAUGCUCUUGUGGCUGAAUGGAAGCAAGUCCCCGCAGCAAUGUUCCAACAUCUAGUGGAAAACCUUCCCAGAAGAGUAUAGCAGCAAAGGGGGGACCAACUCCAUAUUAAUGCCUAUGAUUUUGGAAUGAGAUGUUCGACGAGCAGGUGUGGCCCAUGUUGAUGCCAAUGCUUCCCACAGUUGUGUCAAGUUGGCUGAAUGUCCUUUGGGUGGUGGACCAUUCUUGAUACACACGGGAAACUGUUGCGUGUGAAAAACCCAGCAGCGUUGCAGUUCUUGACACAAACCGUUGCGCCUGGCACCUACUACCAUACCCCGUUCAAAGGCACUUACAUUUUUGGUCUUGCCCAUUCUCCCUCUGAAUUGCACACAUACACAAUCCAUGUCUUCAUUGUCUCAAGGCUUAAAAAUCUAUAAGGGAUCAUAGCUUUCUCCUGGUCAGAUACAGUGCCUUCAGAAAGUAUUCAUACCCCUCGACUUAUUCCACAUUUUGUUGUUACAGCCUGAAUUCAAAAUGGAUUAAAUAGAUUUGUAUUCUCACCCAUCUACCCACAAUACCCCAUAACGACAAAGUGAAAACAUGUUUGUAGAUAUUUUUUGCUAAUUUACAUAAGUAUUCACACCACUGAGUCAAUACUUUGUAGAAGCACCUUUGGCAGCGAUUACAGCUGUGAUUCUUUCUGGGUAAGUGUCUAAGAGCUUUCCACACCUGGAUUGUGCAACAUUUGCCCAUUAUUCUUUUCAAAAUUCUUCUAACACUGUCUAAUUGCUUGUUGAUCAUUGCUAGACAACCAUUUUCAGGUCUGCAAUAGAUUUUCAAGUAGAUUUAUGUCAAAACUGUAACUUGGCCACUCAGGAACAUUCACUGUCUUCUUGGUAAGCAACUCCAGUGUAUGUUUGACCUUAUGUUUUAGGUUAUUGUCCUGCUGAAAGGUGAAUUAAUCUCCUGGUGGAAAGCAGACUCAAGCAGGUUUUCCUCUAGGAUUUUGCCUGAGCUUAGCUCAGUUUCUUUUUUUAUCCUGAAAAACUCCAGUCUUUAACGAUUACAAGCAUACCCAUAACAUGAUGCAGCCACCACUAUGCUUGAAAAUAUGGAGAGUGGUACUCCGUAAUGUGUUGUAUUGGAUUUGCCCCAAACAUAUAUUCAGGACAAAAGGUUAAUUGCUUUGCCACAUUUCUUGCAGUAUUUCUUUAGUGCCUUGUUGCGAACAGGAUGCAUGUUUUGGAAUAUUUGUCAUUCUGUACAGGCUUCCUUUUCACUCUGUCAAUUAGGUAAGUAUUGUGGAGUAACUACAAUGUUGUUGAUCCAUCCUCAGUUUUCUCCUAUCACAGCCAUUAAACUCUGUAAUGGUUUUAAAGUCACCAUUGGCCUCAUGGGGAAAUCCCUGAGUGGUUUCCUUCCUCUCCGGCAAUGGAGUCAGGAAGGACACCUGUGUCUUUGUAGUGACUGGGUGUAUUGAUACACCAUCCAAAGUGUAAUUAACCAUGCUCAAAGGGAUAUUCAAUGUUUUUUUUACCCAUCUACCAAUAGGUGCCCUUCUUUGCUAGGCAUUGGAAAACCUCCCUGGUCUUUGUGAUUGAAUCUGUGUUUGAAAUUCACUGCUCGACUGAGGGACCUUACAGAUAAUUUUAUGUGUGGGGAUACAGAGAUGAGGUAGUCAUUCAAACAUCAUGUUCAACACUAUUAUUGCACACAGAGUGAGUCCAUGCAAUUUACAUGACUUGUUAAGCACGUUUACUCCAGAACUUAUUUAGGCUUGCCAUAACAAAGAGGUUGAAUACUUGUUGACUCAAGACAUUUCAGCUUUUCAUUUGUAAUUAAUUUGUACAAAUUUUGAAAAACAUUAAUUCCAUUUUGACAUUAUGGGGUAUUGUGUGAAAAAAAAUCUAAAUGUAAUCCAUUUUAAAUUCAAGCUGUAACACAACAAAAAGUGGAACAAGUCAAGUGGUAUCAAUACAUUCUGAAGGCACUGUACAUGGUGACUAAAUACACAUGCUCCAAUUUAAUUCCACUAAAUUAUGCAAAUUAACCUAUAGACCAGGGAUAGGCAACCCUGUUCCUCGAGUGCCGCAGGUACUGCAAGAUUUUGUUCCAACUAGGCAUCACACCUGACCAACUGAGCUAAUUAAUCAGUUCAGUUACCUAAAUUCAACACACCUGGUCUUCCAGGUCGAUUAAAUCAAAAACAUGAAGUGCCUGCGGCCCUCCAGGACCAGGGUUGCCUACCCCUGUACUAGACUAUGAUACUGUGAUGUAACUAGCUAAAUCAGGGGUGUUAAACUCAUUCCAUGGAGGGCCUAGUGUCUGCAAGUUUUUGGUUUCAAUUAAGACCUAGACAACCAAGUGAGGGGAGUUCCUUACUAAUCAGUGACCUUAAUUCAUCAAUCAAGUACAAGGGAGGAGUGAAAACCCGCAGACAUUCUGCCCUCCAUGGAAUUAGUUUGACACGUGAGCUAAAUACAUAGCCUCUCCCUAACACGUAAUGUGAGGGGAAAAUUUGCUUAGAUAACAUUUCACCUGAAGACAGGUUUGAUCCCUGGUAGCUAACGUUAACGACAUGUUUGAUGCAUAUUACCAGCUUGCUUUCAGUAAUUUAAAUGCGAACUGGUUAGCUACUGUCCUUUUUUUGUUGUGAUUUGAAUGGCAAAGACACACCCAAGAAACACCCACAUCAAACCACACCAACUCUCGUUUGCCUUCAGUCACGGCAGCUAGCAUUUCUUAAUGAGCGUUGAUGAAAGACGAGGCCAAAUCAGGAAGUGCAGUCGCCCUUUAAAAAGGAAUACCUUCACCAUAUUAAAACGUUUAUUAUAAAAAAAUUUUUUUUUUAAUGAUCACUUAUCACAUUAAAUAAAUAAUAAUCUUCAGAAAUUACUUUGUUAAAAACAACAAAAUAAUCAGGGCUUUGUGAAAACGGAGGAAUUUUCAUAUAAAACAUCUGAUUUAUUGAACUUUCCAUGUGGUCUAUAUUAAAGGCCACUACAUUUUAAUAUAACAGGCUUUUAAAAUCCAAUGUUGGUGCACAAUUUCUACUUAAAAUAUCAAAGGGACGUAAAAAAGGGACUCAUUCCGAGGAACGGCUCUGGUAUGUUUCUUUACUUUGCAAUUGAUUGUUUUCUAUUGUCUGUGCAGUGUUGCGUGUGGUGAACACCUAUGGGCCUCAGACUCGUGGAGGGGGAGGUGUAGGAGGAGGAGCCUUGGGGGAGGCUGAGGAGCAGCAGAGGGCCAUGGUGUCUAGAGACUGUGGGAAUCCAGCCAUAGAGGAACGCCUGCACAACAUCGAGACGCACCUAAAGCUCCCAACAGGUGAGGAGGUUAAACAAGAUGUGCUAUCGGCCGUAUUGUGGUAGCAUGUCUCUCUUUACCCAAACAUUUUAAUUCAUUUCAAUUUCUUAGACUUGACUGUCUUGAAGAAUUCUGGUCUUAUACUCCUAAUAUUUCUAUCAGACACACAAACCUUCUUUCUUUUCCAGAGGGUCCAGUGCCUUUAAGUGUGUACCAGAGGCUGAAGAAGCUUGAAGAUCGGAUCCUGGAGUUGGAGGGACUUUCACCGGAGUACUUCCAGUCUGUGAGUUUGGUGUGGUAGAAAGGUUUUAACACAUCCACUUAUUUUUUUGUGUGUGUGUGUGCGCACAUGCGUGCGUGUACACGUGUGCGUGCAUGUUAGUAUUUCUCCAUGUUAGAAUUUUUCCAUAUUGAGCCCGAGAAUUCUCAUGCCAUGAUUAUCAGACGUGGCAUAUGUCUUCCUCACUCCACCCUCUUCAGUUCAGAAUAUAUCAUCCAUGUCAGAUUUUAGCCUAUCAAAGUUAGCUGAGUAAGAGUGCUUGAGUUUCUGCAUGACUCUUAUCACUCCCUUCUCUUGGCUUGACGUACCGGUUCUAAGAGCGUGCUGCUCUCUAUCUCCUUUAGAGUGUGUGUCUGUGUGUGUGUGUGUCUCUGUGUGUGUGUCUGUGUGUGUGUGUCUGUGUGUGUGUGUCUGUGUGUGUGUCGUCUGUGUGUGUGUGUCUGUGUCUGUGUGGGUGUCUGUGUGCGUGUCUGUGUGUGGGUGUCUGUGUGCGUGUCUGUGUGCGUGUCUGUGUGCGUGCGUGCACAGAGAGCUGGGGGUUGAGAGUGUCUUUGAAUAAACUGAGCUGAUCUUUUUUUAUUCAGUGUUCCACUGUUUAAGCAAUUUCUGCAAAUAGUUUGGAAACGUGUUCAGCGUGUACUUCCAAAGGUGGAGGGCGGAGGAGGGGAGGGUUGAGGAGUGGAGAUGUUGCCUCAGUAGCGGCCUAGCGAUUCUAUAAUCUCAUCUUUAAUACUUAACCCUUUACACUCGUACCCAGGGCCUAAUGCAGGUCUCCUCUACUUUUCUAUCAGUGGUUUAGCGAAGUCAUUACCCAAGUCUUUAGAUUUACAGUACUGUAUGUUGCAUAGCAGACUGCUGUAGUGCAAUAAAAUACUUUCAUGGUUGGGGUGAGGGUGGGAAGGCCAUGUUUUUGUACUCUCAUUCCUAAAUAACUCUGAAUUUUUCAUGGGAAUUCUUCAUAUGAGUAAUGUACUUGUACAUAACUGUUUAAGUACUAUUAACCUUCUUGCAGAAUGUUUUUUUGUCACCAAAACAUUAAGGAAAGCCCCGGCUGGUUGUUAGAGUAUUUCUUAUUCUGAAAGCUAUUAGAUUUAUUCCAUUUCCAGAAAUAGAUGAUAUUGGGUCUGUGUAUCGACGUAAAAAGAACAAGUAACCCUCAGGGCUAAUUUUAAAGCUACAAUAUGUAACUUUUUGGACGACCUGACCAAAUUCACAUAGAAAUGUGAGUAAUAGAUCUGUCAAAUCAAAUUGUAUUGCCACAUGCGCCGAAUACAACAGGUGUAGAUCUUACAGUGAAAUGCUUACUUACAAGCCCUUAACCAACAAUGCAGUUUUAAGAAAAAUAAGUGUUAAGUAAAAAAUGGAAAAGUAAAAAAUAACAAAUAAUUAAAGAGCAGCAGUAAAAUAAAAUAACAGUAGGGAGGCUAUAUACAUGGGGUACCGGUACAGAGUCAAUGUGCGGGGGCACAAGUUAGUCGAGGUAAUUGAGGUAAUAUGUACAUGUGGGUAGAGUUAAAGUGACUAUGCAUAGAUAAUAAACAGAGAUUAGCAGCAGCGUAAAAAAUGGGGUGGGGUGGCAGUGCAAAUAGUCUGGGUAGCCAUGAUUAGCUGUUCAGGAGUCUUAUGGCUUGGGGGUAGAAGCUGUUAAGAAGCCUUUUGGACCUAGACUUGGCGCUCCAGUACCGCUUGCCGUGCGGUAGCAGAGAGAACAGCGUAUGACUAGGGUGGCUGGAGUCUUUGACAAUUUUUAGGGCCUUCCUCUGACACUGCCUGGUAUAGAGGUCCUGGAUGGCAGGAAGCUUGGCCCCAAUGAUGCACUGGGCCGUACGCACUACCCUCUGUAGUGCCUUGCGAUCGAAGGCAGUGAUGCAACCAGUCAGGAUGCUCUCGAUGGUGCAGCUGUAGAACUUUUAGAGGAUCUGAGGACCCAUGCCAAAUAUUUUCAGUCUCCUGAGGGGGAAUAGGCUUUGUCGUGCCCUCUUCACGACUGUCUUGGUGUGUUUGGACCAUGAUAGUUUGGACCAUGUCAGUCACAUUGAAAGCAAGUCUAAGAAGCGGGAUAUAUGCUCUAUGUUCGUUAUUUCUAUGCUUUCCGUUUUGUCUUUUACUUUCGUUUUUUUGUACAACAGCUUCAAACAGCUGAAAAUACAAUCAUUUUGGUUAUGGAAAAUAUAUUUCACAGCGGUUUAGAUGGUACAAUGAUUCUCUACACUAAUACUUGCUUGUAUUGUCACAUAAACGGAAAUUAUGCGAACAAUUUAGAAUUUUAGCAACCAGGAAAUGGCAUAGCGAUUUCUGCAUAGUGCAUCUUUAAUGGACGGGAAAUAUUUUUUGAAAUAUUUUUUUCAGUCUGUCUCUGACCCUGUGCAUGGCAGGAAUGUUGCCAGUGGCUAACCUCUAACGGUUCUACUGUCAAAAAGUGACUUAACCUCUUUCUCUCUGUUCUCUCUGAGUUACCUAAACAAUCUAACCUCUCAUCCCUGUGUUCUUUCAGAGUUACCUACACAAGCGACCAAAGACCUCAAUGUCUCAGGUGAGAUGUGUUGUCAUACCUUUCCGCUUGUCUCAUAACUUUCCUUCUUCCAUUACAUUCAAAUUCAAAGCAGUGUUUCUCAACCUCCGGUCCGUGGACAACUACCAGUUUAAGGUAACACUGAUUUUAGUGUGCACGUAUGUGGAUAUACUUGUAUGUCUAUGGAGGGGUAGAUCUGUGUGCAACGGGUUUGACUGUGAUUGUUCUUGUCUCCCAUGUUGGCAGGCCUGCAGUCUGUCGGAGCUGGAUGUGAAGAUCAGUGCUGUCAAAGCGGCAUUGCUGAAGAGGAUGGGGGAGUUUGGGCCGGUAGCGUACGACACAGAGUGUCCCCUCUAACCCCCAACCUUUUGACCUACGACCUUCACACACACCCACCAUUAUGGGCAACAGACUAGAGGAAGAUAAUCAAUCAUUUACCGCUUGAGAUGUAGAUAUCCACCCUUACACACUGCUGAAUGCUGCCUCAGUUUUAUUGUGUAAAAUGUUUCGAACUGAAGGUCUUCGUCAAGUUAUAAGGUCCUGACAUGGAGAUCAUAUUAAAUUACUAGAGGGGCUAUG